CUUUGUCUUGAUCGAUCAGUCACAAAUAGAAUAAAAAUUCAAAGACAACAACUGGAUUUUGACUCUCUGCUUCAAAAUUCCUCCGGAAGGAAGUGAAGUUGAAUUGGAUGGAAGAGGGAUGGACGAUAGCAGCUGACGUGGAAGAAGAGGAUGGCGAUUACAAUCCGACAGACGCGGUGUUGUUCGUAGGGAUCUCGCUGGUGCUGGGAAUCGCGUCAAGGCAUUUGCUUCGAGGAACUCGAGUUCCUUAUACAGUUGCUCUCCUUGUUCUUGGCAUCGCCAUGGGAUCAUUAGAAUAUGGAACAAAACAUCGGUUAGGAAAGGUUGGUGAUGGAAUUCGGAUAUGGGCAAAUAUUAAUCCUGAUCUUUUACUAGCUGUUUUUCUUCCCGCUCUACUUUUUGAAAGUUCAUUUUCAAUGGAGGUGCAUCAAAUCAAGAAAUGCAUGGCGCAAAUGCUACUUCUUGCUGGGCCUGGAGUUUUAAUAUCCACCUUCAUCCUUGGCGCUGCUUUAAAGCUCAUUUUCCCAUAUGAUUGGAGCUGGAAAACGUCAUUGCUCCUUGGAGGACUCUUGAGUGCCACCGAUCCUGUUGCUGUGGUGGCUUUACUAAAAGAGCUUGGUGCAAGCAAAAAACUAAGUACUAUUAUUGAAGGAGAGUCAUUAAUGAAUGACGGGACGGCAAUCGUUGUUUAUACCCUUUUUUUCCGAAUGGUAACUGGAUCAAGCUAUACCUUUGGGUCCAUCAUCAAAUUCUUGGCAACAGUAUCUGUUGGAGCUGUAGGAAUGGGUAUUGCAUUUGGUUUGGUGUCUUAUUUGUGGCUUGGAUUUAUAUUCAAUGAUACAGUGAUAGAAAUUACGUUGACUCUUGCUGUGAGCUACCUUGCUUUCUUCACGUCCCAAGAGGGUGCUGAUAUUUCUGGAGUAUUAACAGUGAUGACGUUGGGCAUGUUCUAUGCUGCUGUUGCUAGAACUGCUUUCAAGGGUGAAGGACAACAAAGCUUGCAUCAUUUCUGGGAAAUGGUAGCAUAUAUCGCUAAUACUCUUAUCUUCAUUUUGAGUGGAGUAGUGAUAGCAGAAGGUAUACUUGGAGGUGACAGCAUUCUAAAACAUGAGAAGAGUGCUUGGGGCUACCUCAUUCUCCUUUAUGUUUUGCUACAACUCUCACGGGCCAUAGUGGUUGGAUCAUUAUAUCCCUUUUUACGUUAUUUUGGUUAUGGAUUGGAUUGGAAAGAAGCUAUUAUACUUGUGUGGUCUGGUUUAAGAGGUGCGGUGGCAUUGUCUCUUUCUUUGUCAGUUAAGCAAUCUAGUGACACAUCUAUGUACAUAAGUGGCGAGACAGGAACUUUGUUUGUGUUUUUCACUGGUGGAAUUGUGUUUCUAACUCUUAUAGUAAAUGGAUCAACUACCCAGUUUGUUUUACGGAUGCUAGAUAUGGAUAAGCUGUCAGCAGCUAAGAGGCGUAUACUGGAGUACACCAAGUAUGAAAUGAUGAGCAAAGCACUGGAGGCAUUUAGUGAUCUUGUUGAUGAUGAAGAAUUAGGACCUGCUGAUUGGCCUACUGUCAAGAAAUAUAUCACAUGUUUACAUGAUGCAGAAGGAGAACGGAUCCAUCCUCAUACUACAUCAGAUACUGAUAACAAUGUAGAGCACAUGCAUCUAUCUGAUAUACGUAUACGGUUUUUAAAUGGUGUGCAAGCUGCUUAUUGGGCGAUGCUGGAGGAAGGUAGGAUCACUCAAUUUACAGCAAACAUUUUGAUGCAAUCCGUUGAUGGGGCACUUGAUUUGGUGUCGUUUGAACCACUAUGUGAUUGGAAUGGGUUGAAAUCUAAUGUUCAUUUCCCUAGUUAUUUCAAGUUUCUGCAAACAAGCACGUUCCCCCGAAAACUUGUAACCUACUUCACAGUCGAAAGGUUGGAAUCUGGAUGUUACAUAUCGGCUGCUUUUCUUCGAGCCCAUAGGAUUGCACGUCAGCAACUACAUGACUUCAUUGGUGAUAGUGAAAUUGCUUUGGCAAUAAUUAGCGAGAGUGAGACAGAAGGAGAGGAAGCAAAAAAGUUUCUGGAAGAUGUUCGCACUACUUUUCCACAGGUUUUACGUGUUCUGAAAACAAGGCAAGUAACAUAUUCGGUGCUCAAUCAUCUAAUUGAAUACGUUCAAGAUCUUGAGAAAUCUGGAUUAUUAGAGGAGAAGGAAUUGGCUCAUCUUCAUGAUGAUGUCCAGACUGACUUGAAGAAACUUCUACGAAAUCCCCCUUUGGUUAAGAUUCCCAAAGCACAUGAUUUGAUUAGUGCUAAUCCUUUAUUGGGAGCCCUUCCAUCAAUGGUGCGUGAACAAAUUGUGGGUUCCACAAAGGAGACGAUGAAACUAGGCGGUGUUCCCCUUUAUAGAGAGGGAUCCAAGUCUAAUGGAAUUUGGCUUAUUUCUAAUGGUGUGGUGAAGUGGGAAAGCAAAUGGAUAAAAAACACGCACUUCUUACAUCCAACAUUUGCACAUGGAAGUACUUUGGGUCUAUAUGAGGUGCUGACUGGAAAGCCUUACAUUUGUGAUAUUGUUACUGAUUCUGUAGUACUAGGUUUUUUCAUUGAAGCCGGAAAGAUAUUGUCCGUGCUGGGAAAUGAUCAUGCAGUUGAAGACUUUUUGUGGCAGGAAAGCUCAAUUGUACUCUUAAAGCUGUUGCUACCUCAAAUAUUUGAGAAAAUGACCAUGCAUGAUCUAAGGACUCUUGUGGCCGAAAGAUCAACUAUGAGCACUUAUAUAACUGGAGAAACUUUUGAGCUAUCUCAGAAUAAGAUUGGUCUAUUAUUAGAAGGGUUCAUCAAAUCACAGGGUCAUUUAGAACUCAUCACUGCACCAUCUGCACUAUUCCCUUUAUAUAGUGACCGCAGUUUCCAUGUAUCGGAAAUAACAGGUUCAAGCUUUUCUCAUCAUGCAUCCUCCUACAUAGUUGAAACAAGGGCAAGAGUAAUCUUUUAUGACAUUGUUGGUUUCGAAGCCAGUAGAACCCUUCAGAGGAGGACAUCUUCAUUAAUGUCACAUGGUGGUGAUAACCCUUCAAGAUCCCCAGCUAGAGAACAUAGUGGUUUAAUGAGUUGGCCAGAGCGCCAUAGCAAGUCUAGGCAACAUCUUGAACAUUCUAAUGAGAUUGAUCAGCACGGAAACAACUUUUCUGCCCGAGCCAAGCAACUAAGCUUAUAUGGCAGCAUGAUAUCAAAUGAAAGACACAGUCCUCGUGCUUCUCCAAAUGGACAAGUGAAGCCACCUAAGAAGUCAUCUCACAGCAGGUCUUAUCCGAGAGCCCCACCAACAGAGAGCCGGCGUCUCAUCUCUGUGAGGUCCGAAGGGUCUACUACAGUGAGAAAAGAAGUUAGUGUGGGAAGUGGAAGUCUUAUAGGCCCUCAUAAAAACUCAGACGCAAAUGAUGUUCGUGAAAUGGAUUACUCGAGUGACGAGUCUGGUGGUGAGGAUGAACAUAUUGUCAGAAUCGAUUCACCAAGUACACUUUCUUUCCCCCGAGAUCCCUAAGCUCCAUAGGCCAGAAAACACUCAGUAUAGCUAUCUUUUGUUUUUCAACAUUGGUGUUGAUAGGAAAUACCACAUAAGUAGCUUUUGUAUUAUUAUGAAGGCUUUGGUGAAAACUGUUGUACAAUAAACUUCCGAGUGUUGUUGUAACCUGACCGAUAGUAAUAUAUUUUUCAAAGUGUUGUUAUGUAUUGGGUGAUUUUACAAA